AUGCUGUCUCUCAAUCGUCUCAAGGAGGGCGCGCAGGCCCGCACAAAGCCAUCAGGAUGGGUGUUGCCCAAGCAGACGAGCUCUGUGGCACCACCACAUGUUUGGACCAAUGCAGAUAUGGACCCCGUGCCACCUGAGCGUCGCACCUGGACUGGAUGGGUCUUUGUUCUAUACUGGUUCUCGGAUCUAGUGACUGUUUCUACGUGGUCAGGAGCAAGCUCUGUUGUCGCCGCCGGAUUGUCCGCUAAGGAUGCCAUUCUGAUUGUCCUGCUCGCGACACUCUGGAACGCCAUCCCCACAGUCUUCAACGGAGCUAUUGGCGCGACUCUGCACAUCCCUUUUCCGAUCGCGGCACGAGCUGUGUUCGGCCUGUGGCUAUCGUAUUUCGCCAUAGCGUCGCGCUCAAUCCUGGCCAUGUUCUGGUUCGGAGUCAACACCGCCGCUGGUGGACUCGCUGUCACACAGAUGAUCAAAGCCAUCUGGCCAUCCUAUGGUACACUACCCAACCACCUCCCGGCGUCGGCUGGCAUCACGACACAGGGCAUGAUCUCAUACUUCCUGUUCUUCCUGGUCCAGCUGCCAUUCAUUUUCAUUCCGAUGCACAAGCUGAAGCCCAUGUUCUUGGCCAAGACGAUCGUCAUGCCGCCCAUGGUCAUUGCUAUGGUCGCAUGGAUCUGCGUCAAGGCGGAUGGCAACGAUUUCUUCGACGCACCCUCUAAGGUCACCGGAAGCGCGAAGGCAUGGCUGUGGCUGGCAAGUUUAACAUCCGUGACAGGCUCGUUCUCGACCAUUACUGUGAACAUUUCAGACUUCUCUCGCUUCAGUAAGAAGCCAGGGAGUCAGAUCUGGCAGCUUCCAGUCAUUCCUCUUUUCAAGGUAUGGAUCGGAGCUUUCGGCAUCAUCAGUGCUUCUGCAUCUGCCAAGAUCUGGGGCCAACCCCUGUGGAAUCCUCUCCUCAUCAUCGACCAUUGGCAUGGAUCCUCCGGCGGUCGUGCUGCGGCGUUCUUUGCAUCAGCCUGCUGGUGUCUUGCUCAGAUCUGUCUCAACCUUUCGGCAAACUCGCUCAGCUUUGCCAACGAUGUGACCUCGUUGUGGCCGAAAUAUAUCAACAUUUUCCGAGGCCAACUUAUCUGCUUCGUCCUUGGUGGCUGGGCUCUCUGCCCAUGGCUCGUCAUGGCCUCAGCUCAAACGUUUCUCAGCUUCAUGUCUGCGUACGCUAUCUUCAUGGCACCGCUUGCUAGCUUGCUCCUAGCCGACUACUGGAUAGUGAAGAAGAGACGCUACGAUGUCCCGGCCUUGUACGAUCCUGAUGGGAUCUAUGGUCGCUGCAAUUGGAGGUCUCUCGUCAUUCUAUGUGUGGUCAUCCUCCCACUUAUGCCCGGCUUGGCACAGCGAGUCACUCCGAAGAGCGUCAGUAUACCGGCAGGCAUGAAGAAUCUGUUCGCCAUCAACUACAUGUACGGCUUUGUCACAGCAAUGGUCCUGUACCUGAUUCUCAACUGGAUCUGGCCAGACAAGAAGACUUUGAUUCCUUACACUGUUUAUGGCACGCCAGUCACUGGUGUCGAGGUGGAUCAGGAAAGCAAAGCAGGAAGCGAGAGCCCUGUUCCGAAUGGUGUGAAGAGCAAGGAGGCAGAAACCCACACCACUGCUGUCUAG